AUGCUAAGAGACUACCUCCACAGGAUACCUAUCGAUGCAGUCGGCCCAAGGCCCGUUACCAGACGACCCCACAUUACGAAGUGCUUCCCACACGGCACUAUUGCACUUGAAACCACUCCCGAAAGCAAUCUGCCACACUCUAUGACCUUUCCGCAUUCUACCUUUUGCCUCUAUGUACGCCAGCUCGUACCAGAUGGAACUCGAGGAAGUGUUCCCAAAUCGGUGCAGUGUCAUUCUAGAAGCUUCCACAUGAGCUGGCAGCAGCUGCAGAUUCUUCUCAAGCUCAUCAAUCACCGCUCUUCCACCUGCGUGUAUGCAGAAAUGGUCGAACGCGAGCUUGAAAUCCGCUUCUUGAUCACUAGGGUUGCGAAGAACAGGAGCUGCUCGCUAAUCGGGAGCACAAGUGGGCCUAGGGUUGUUAUCACCCCCAACCCUAAACAAGCAAUUGGGUAUCAGCAUCGAUUUUUUGUUCCCAAAAUACCAAUUCUGGGUGAUAUUCUCAGUGCUAACAACGACAGCAUAUGUAUUUCUGUGGACCUGAAGCAUGGAUGGUGUCGGAUUGAACAGGCUGCAAUUGACCACCAAGACCCCAAUCUCCUUGGGCUUCACGCCGGUGGCCGCGAACAGGUUGUCGAGGGCUCCGAACAUCACCUGCUCGGCCUCCUCCCUGGCGGCGCGCAUGGAGGGGCGUGGGGGGAUGAAGUGCAUGGCCUCCGGGACAUAGGUCUCGUCCCCGAGCCCAGAGCGCUCGAGGAUCUUGCGCUGGAACUCGAGGGAGGAUUCGUCGAAAUCGCCGGUCAAUCUGGAGUGCUUCAUGAACCGAUCGUAUGGCGCUUUGAGGGCCUCCGGCGGGCGGUAGCAGGAGUAGUCGACGAGGUAGACGGGGCGGGGUCGGGUCAUGAUGUAGACGGUGGAUCCGAAGACGAGGAAGGCGGAGCAGAUAAUGACCGAGACGAGAUUGUACUGCAGAUGGAGCCACAGGAGGCGGACGUCGUCGGGGUUCAUCUGAGCGGCCUCGAUCGUGACGACGGCCAUCAGAGGGACGAGGCAGAGUGUGAGGAGAUGGGAGAUCAAGUAGUGCUUGACGUACUUGAGGUUGACGCUCUGGAGGAAGUCCGGCAGGCGGCGGGUGCUGUGGAUCCGGACGCCGACGGAGGCGGCGCCGGUUUGUUGGGGAGCACCGCCGCCCUGUCGUCCUCCUCCGCCGUCCAUGGCUGCCAAUUAUUAUUUUCCAACAAGCCUAAGGAAAAAAAUAAACAAAAGGAAAUGUGGAGGACGACGGCGGAUUAA